AUGGCCUCCCAGACAGCCGUAUCCGCACGGAGUGCCUACCGCCAACUCCUCCGCGCCACCCGCGUCGCUUUCCAAGAUGACGUCCGAGUCCUCGUCGCAUCCCGACAGGAAGCACGCCGGAACUUCGACGCCCAUCGCCGCCUAGCUGUUGACACACCCAUGCAAAUCAAGCAUGCCGUUGAAGUGGCGGAUCUCCUUAGACAUAAUCUCGUGCAGGGCUCGCGGGAAGAGGGGAAUGAGGAUGCGAAAUGGGAACUCCGUAUCCACGACGAGAUCGAGCGAGGUGAUAAUGACUCGAUCAAGGUCGGAGGGAAGAGUGUCAAGGUUGAUAAGCCCUGCUCGGCGCAAUGA